GUAAUUGUAAAACAAAAGAAACAAAGGAAAAAAGAGGGCCUCUCGCCCUCUCUCUGCUUAUUAUGUCUUCUUUCUGAUCUUAGAUUUCAUCUAUUUCUCAUCUGGGUUGUCUUCAUUUGAAAUAGAAUUGAUUGGAGGGAGGGGAAGUGCAGAAUGGAAAUGGACCCUGGCAAACUUUUCAUUGGCGGGAUUUCCUGGGACACAAAUGAAGACCGACUCAGACAAUAUUUCCAGAAUUUUGGAGAUGUAGUAGAAGCUGUGAUAAUGAAGGAUCGCAACACCGGGCGUGCCCGUGGUUUCGGAUUCAUUGUUUUUGCUGAUCCUUCUGUUGCUGAGCAAGUUGUUAUGGAAAAGCAUGUCAUAGAUGGUAGAACUGUUGAAGCAAAAAAGGCUGUCCCCAGAGAUGAUCUGAAUGUUCUGAACAGAAGCAACAGUAGCACUCAUGGGUCGCCUGGUCCUGCUCCUACACGCACUAAGAAGAUAUUUGUUGGAGGUCUAGCAUCCACAGUUACUGAGAGUGACUUUAAGAAGUACUUUGAUCAAUUUGGAACAAUUACAGAUGUUGUCGUGAUGUAUGACCAUAACACCCAAAGGCCUAGAGGUUUUGGAUUCAUCACGUAUGAUUCUGAGGAAGGAGUUGAUAAAGUGCUAUGCAAUACCUUUCAUGAAUUGAAUGGUAAAAUGGUUGAGGUUAAGAGGGCUGUUCCAAAGGAAUUAUCUCCAGGUCCAAGCAGAGGCCAGUUAGGUGGAUAUAGUUAUGGUAUAAGUAGAGUUAGUAGCUUUCCUAAUGGUUGCAUUCCAGGUUAUAAUCCAAGCCUGGUUGGAGGGCUUAGAAUAGAUGCUAGAUUGAGUCCUGUUGCUGUUGGCCGUAGUGGAUAUCCUCUUUUGAGUCCUAGUUAUGGUACAGGACUCAAUUUUGAGCCACCAUUGAGCCAAAAUGAAAAUGCAAACUUUCCAUCUAACUUUGUCAUAGAACGGGCAUUGAACUAUUCGUAUAGUGGAAGUCCGAGCAGGUACAAUAAUGCCAUGAGGUAUGCUGGUACAAACGCUGGCAACAAUUCAACCAUAAGUUCAAUAAGUCAGAAUUUGUGGGGGAAUAGGAAUCUCAACUAUGUUACUAACCCUACAAGCUCUGAUGGUUUUGCUGGUUAUGGAAGUGAAAAUUCAAGUAUGGGUUCUUUAGGUACUAUUGGAUCACUUUGGAGUUCCUCCCUUGGUAUUGAUCAAGCUGGAACUAUUGGCUCUGGAUAUGGUAAGGGCAAUCUUAAUUAUAGGUCUGGAGAUGUGAUUUUGGGGUCAAAAACCAUAGGUUAUGGAAAAAGCAAUGACAGCAUUAUUGCAUCAGCUUCAUCAUUCGCUUUAUCAAAUGGCAGUUAUGAUGAGGCAUACAAAGAUACUUAUGAAGCUGGGUCAUUUUAUUGGGACCAUGCUUGGAGAUCAUCAACUUCAGAACUGGAGGAUUCUGGCUCUCUUAGUUUUGAUCUUGAAAAUGCUGUUUCAGAUUUAAUGAGCAAAAGCUCUGCUGGUCACAUUGGGGCUUAUACUGUUGCCACUAGACAAUCAAAUAGAGGAAUUGCUGCCUAGGAAGGUUAUGCCAUGAAUGCUCUGAUGUUUCAGUGAAGUAUGUCUAGUGCAGAAGGUGGAUGAAUGUGGAAAGCAUAAAUUUUAUUUUUUCGAGAAACUUCAGUGCUUCUAAAAUUUCAUUAGAGAUAGUUGGUUUGGCUGUGUUGAAUAACUUCCGAAUACAUAGCACUUACAAGGGCUUUACUUUAAAGGUUAAGCUUGAGUGGAAUAUAGGUUUUCUUUCUUUGGGAUUAAGAGACUUAUAAUCAGGUUAUGGAGUUUGUCAGAAAUGUCAUAUGAUGAACACUUCCAAUGACAGAGCAAUAUACAAAACAAGCAUAGCUUCCCUUUCUUUUUUUGUUAUUUUUCCCCUUUUUAAACUAUUCUUCCUUGCCCCCUCUUCUGGCAGUAGAGUUGGACCAUGUUGCCUGUCUUGGCCAGUAUCUUCUAUUUAUCUCCUUUUCAGUAUUUUGCUUUUUCAGUCUGUUGAGUGUUGAGAGAUACAUGGUUGAUUUCUCUCUGAUAUUAUCAUUGGAUGGUCAUCUAGGAUCCAUAAAAUAAUAGCUGACUCAUCUUCUACACAAUACAAUUUUUUUUUUCUUGUGCUGG